AUGGCAGCAAAGCUGAACAGCAACACGCCUACUUUUGACUGUCCAUCCUGGGCCGGAAAGCCUCCUCCAGGACUUCACCUGGAUGUGGUGAAAGGAGACAAGCUGGUGGAGAAGCUGAUCAUUGAUGAAAAGAAGUGCUACCUGUUUGGGAGGAACCCAGAUGUGUGCGACUUCACAAUAGACCAUCAGUCCUGUUCACGAAUCCAUUCGGCCCUGGUUUACCACAAGCACCUAAAAAGAGUCUUCAUCAUAGACCUCAACAGCACACAUGGGACUUAUUUAGGAAGAAUUCGUCUGGAAGCACACAAGCCCCAGCAGGUCCCAUUAGACUCCACCAUGUCAUUUGGGGCAUCUACAAGGGUCUACAUUCUUAGAGAAAAACCCCAGACCCAAGGCAGCGGCGCACCAGGGGAGAUGAAGGCAGGGGAGGAAGAAGAGCUGAAAGGCCUGCUGGGAUUGCCUCAAGAGGAGACUGAACUAGAUAACCUGACCGAGUUCAACACGGCCCACAACAAGCGCCUCUCGACCCUGACCAUCGAGGAGGGCAACCUCGACAUGCCGAGGCCCAAGAAAAGGAGGAGGAGUUCUCAUGUGUCCUUCAGUGAUGAGGAGGAAGUCAUUAAUCCAGAGGAUAUUGAUCCCUCUGUUGGACGCUUCAGGAACAUGAUUCAGACAGCAGUUGUCCCAAUAAAGAAAAAGAAGAUGGAAGAUCACGGCUCACUGGGCCUGGAGGCUGCUGUACGUAGGAUGCAGAGCCUGCCAGUCAGUGGUGGUUUGUACGGGGACCUUCCUCCCACCAGCCAUGAGGGAGCCACCCACCACUACUCUGUGGCCCAGGGAGCUGCAGCCGUCCUGGGGGGUUUGCCUCUGCUGCUCCCUAACCUUGCCCCUGAGGUGGAUGUGACACCCACCACAGCAGAGCCACCCGUCACCCUGAACAGCACUUCGGCUCCGGGGCCGUACACCGCAGAGCCUUUGAAUGAACCACGCAAAAAGAAAUACGCCAAAGAGGCCUGGCCUGGGAAGAAGCCCGCCCCGUCACUGCUCAUAUAGAAGACCUGUAUGACGAGCCACAUUUAAGUCCACACUGAGCCAUCUCCACCGUAUAAAGUGCUAAGUCAUUUUCCACUUCACUUAUCAGUUAUAUG